GUCAAAGGGAUCUAUUCAAGUACAAUACGGACACAAUUAGUUUCUCCAUUCACUGACGCGGUGAUCGCGAGCAUGGCAACGUUUGACACAAAGAAGAAGGAUUUUGACCUGGUGGUUGUUUUAGAAGCUUUUCAACAAUGUCGACAGAGCGACGACACGCUGAUGUUGAGGGAGUACCUGACGGCGUUCACCGAACUGUGCAGAUUUUUCAAGCUCACCGGGGCCUUGUUUGGUUUUGUUGCGAGGGACUUGGAGGACAAAAUCCGAAUGCUAAACGAGCACCUGACGGCUGACGAAGUGCAUUACGUCUCAGUUCAGUCAAUGAUCCAAUACGAGGUCGACCAUGACCUUACAAAGGUCAUUAAGGGCAAUCUGAAGUCAGGGUCAAGGACGUUGCUGAGGUUACAUCGAGCUUUGGAAUUUAUUCUCGCUUUCAUGUCUCGCCUCAGGACAGGGGACGAGAACGAGAAGUCUUCUGUGAUUGCUUCGGAAAUUUAUAAUCAGACUUUGGCCCGUUUCAAUAUAUGGAUCCUCCGAAAAAUGGCUGGCAUGGCGAUGUACAUGCUACCCUCGAAAAAGAACCUGAUUGAUGUCAUGUGUAAACAAGACUAUGAAUCCGUUAUGCGCACGCUCGGGGAAGUGGUUACUUCCGGUCAGCCUCUUUAUGACAUCACUCAGAAGGUGUACGAAGACAAUGAUAUCCUGGAUCUUCCAUAAUCUCAACAUGGAAGCGUUUUUAUCAGUGAGCGUGAAUUGGACCGUCGCCGUAAAUUAUUUAUGUUUAACACUAAGAUUAUUAGCAUAUGAGAUAUUCUACCAUGAAUACCCUCCAUAACAUACCAUUACAAGGUCAAAGUUGAAGGUCAAGAAAGAGAAAAAUGGUUUUGCCUUCACGUUAUUAGUCUGUAUUCAUCAACAAACUUGGUAUAUACCUGACCUAAUGAAGAAUCCGUAAUUAAGUCAAAAUCAGUUCACAGCUACCCUUUAAACGUGGCAAAAAUAAGUAUACCGUGGUUUUUUUAAAAAAAUCACAGUAAUUGAAAGAGCUGUUGUUUACUUUGAUUAUGUCUAAUUAAUUCUCACUCAUUCCUACAACAGUUUGUUAAAAGUAAUCUGUGGUUGGUUAAUUUUGUGUGAACAUAAAUUGUUUCAAGUUCAUUGAAACAAUUUAUGUUUACAUAAAAUUACAUUAAGUUUUUGUGCCGAAAAAAAGCCGAAACCAAUUUAAUGAUUUUCAAAGAUUUUAGAUAAGCAUCUGUAAUUGUGUAUUAUGCGAAACUAUUUGUUUUAAAAAAAAUUAAAUUUUUUACAUCAAAUUAUAAUUUGAAAAAAAUAAAAACGUGUUGAAUUAUUCUCUGAGUACUGACUAAGAGUCAGUACAGGUCAUUCUUUGGAUAUAAUAUCGCUAACUUAAAGUAUUUACCAUUGAAAACAAUUUCAACUGAGACGUUUGGCUCCUUUAGCCCUUCAGAAUAUGUCAUUUCAGUGAAAAACGUAUGUUUGAAAUGCUGCCUCAUAAAUAUCCUGUCUCAAACAAAAAUCUGUUCGCACUGUUGUAUAUCUUUAUACGAUUAUUAUACCUAUAAACAAAGUUGGUUUUACGAAUAUUUACCAAAGACUGAUGGUCAUACACGCAGUACUACUGGUUUAUCGUUGUGCACAUGAUAUUGAUUAACAGGAGGGCGAGUCGUUUUGCAGGUUACAGAAAGGUGCGAUUGGUUACGAAUGUUCUGGCUCCAGUGCAUUAUAACCUUGGUCUACUCUCGACAGUUUCCGUAAAACGUCAUGACUGAUUUCUAAGAUUUAUGUGUUCGCCAAAGUCCACGUGUGUUCGCCAAAGUGCUCGUGUGUUCGCCAAGGUGCCCGUGUGUUCUCUAAUAGUGCACGUGUGUUCUCUAAUAGUGCACGUGUGUUCGUCAAGGUGUCCGUACGUUCACAAAAGUGCGAGCAUGUUCGUCAAAGUGCACGUGUGUUCGCCAAAGUGCCGGAAUGGAGCGAGGGGUCACGAAUGACCCAGUGCUAUCAAUCUGCUAUCUUUUUCAUUAUCAUUUGUUGUCUCAUUCAAUUAUGUAUUUUCUUUUCCGGAAUAAAUGAGUUUAUUUUCAUGUGUUUAUUCUUUA